AGCGACUGUUGGCAGUUCUUCCUUCCCUGUCGGAUAAGGGGUUACCUGUGGAGUCCAGCCUCAGGCCCUCAGAGUCUUCAGCGCCUGCACCUCCAGCGGCGGCCCUAUGCACCAAGGAGUCCAUCAAAGCCUCUUGGGGUCCCCAAGCACCCAGACUCAGCCGACCCCUGACUUUGGGGCCAGGAGACAGGCAAGAUGCUCAACUGGAAGCUCCUGGGGAUCCUGGUCCUUUGCCUGUUUUGCCGGAGGCAUCUCAGGCAGCGGAGACCAUCCAUCUCCCUCAUCCACAGAGCCCUCAGAGGAGGAGGGCCCCCCAACAUUGCCUCAGGGCCCCCCAAUCCCUGGUGACCCCUGGCCAGGGGUACCCCCUCUCUUUGAGGACCUUCCACCUCCAGGCCCCAGCCGUCCCUGGAGAGACCUGCCUGAAUCUGGAGUCUGGCCUCCUGUACCCCCUAGAACUGAUCCCCCUCAACCUCCCCGGCCUGAUGACCCCUGGCCAGCAGGACCCCAGCCUCCAGAAAACCCCUGGCCACCUGCCUCUAAGGUGGGCCACGGAUCUCAGGAGGAGCCAGAUCUUGACCCACCCCAGGAGGAGUACAGACAAUGGAUCCCCCAGAGGCAUCCUGGGCCUCUGCCCUCAAGCCCAUCUCUACCCUUCUGAUUUCCCUUGAAUUCUCCCCAAUUUAGCCUAACUCCUUAAUUCCUUUCCUCAUUCCUUCUGUUUUAUUCUGAACCUGGAAGGUGUUGUUCUCAAUAUUUUCUGUCCCCUCUUGAGAUCGGUAUUUAGCCCCCUCCUCCCCCUUCUUUUUCCUCUGACAGCCAAAGUGAACACCCCUACCUCACCUUCAGUCCUCUCACCUCCCACCGCCUCUUCCCCACCCCGGGGACUCUCCGGGCAGGGCUGGCAGCACUGUGUUCUCUGCUGCUACCUGGUGGCUGCCAGCUGGGAACUACCAGGAGACCAUGGUGCUUCCAUGAAAUGGAAAAACAAAAAACCAUGUUUUCU